AUGGUCGCGCUGAUUGUAGUGAUCUUCUUCCUUCUGCAGCAGGUGCAGCACCGGAAGCACUACGCAUGUAGAAAAAGUUCUUGACCGAAAGCUUCAUGUCGACCUGCUUUGAUUGUUUUGAUUUCUUCGGUCCUCAUGGGUCCUCUCAUGAGGCUUCGCAUGCACAAGCAGAACGAGCACCAGCGAGUUGCUUUGUCAGUUUGGUUGCAUGAUCAUGACUUUGCUGUGAGCGUCUGCAGGAGGUGCACCUUGGCGCACCGUUGUAGGACAGAAGUGCUCUAAUUGAAGUAGAGACAAAAGCGGUCGACCGGACGAGGGGCCGUCCCUGUAUGUGUUGUCCUUGACGAGCAGCGGCGAGGCAAUGAAGCCGGUCAGCGUAAUUUUUCUCUGCGAUAUCAAUUCCUUGCUAAACAAGUCUCCUCGUCGAAGACCGGCGGCGCAGCGGUGGCGCCAGAGAACCAAAAUAUAUGCAAACGCGCAGCUGCUUGAGCCACAGCGAGAUCCCGGCACUGCUCUGGAGAAUGCUCUUGGAACUCGGGGAACGGCGACGCGUAGUGCUGGCGGUGCUGCAAUUGCGACUUCGACUUACAGAAGGCGCGGAAAUAAAACUCCACGGGAGCAGCAGAAUCGCGGAUCUGUGGCAUCCCAGCGGCCGAGUACGGUUCGAGAUUCGACAUACGUGCUUACCUUGCCGCGGAUCGAUCCUUAUCGAACAGGAAACGCACUACCUGUCGCUUGUUCCGCUCUGUCCACCUAUGACGUGGACCUAUCGACGUCCCAAAGCAUUGGCAUUGCAUCAAAUUGAUUGUGUUUAUUUGUCAUAUCUUCAUCUGUUCGUCUUGCACUUGCAGCUACGGUUGUAAUCGCAGAAAGUUCUUUUGAUCUUGUUCUCGCUUGCCACGGAGUUGUUCUCGACCUUGCAUGUACAACUCCGGCAGUUACAACAAUGAUUUUUUCAAAUCCCCAGCAAUGGAAAAAAGUGGUAGGCGCGAACUGCAAACGACAGGAUUGUUUUUUCUGCGCGAUAACGCCGCUCCCACAGUACUACUGAAACGAAGAGCGCCAGCGGGCGACCCCGUCAAAGUCAACCAACCACUCAACCACGGAGCUGGAGCGCUGGAGGGCAUCGCAGAAGAGGACUCGUUUACAGGCACAGCGCUUCCGGUGGGCCGUGAUCCGGCGCUGUGGUUGGCGAACCGACAUCAGGCCAGACUGGCGAAAACGCCAUAUGAGUUGUAAAUCGGACCAGCUUCGUUGUUUGGUCGGCAUCGGCAACGAAGGCAGUUAGAAGCUGCUCUUUUUUUUCUGUAUUUGUGUGAUGGAGGUGCUUACUAUUGAGCCUCAUUAUUUUUCUCUUCUACGCCCGCUUCGCCGUGCUUUAAAAGCGUCUAAUUGGUGAUAUGACAAUACGAGCGGAUUAUAGCAAAGGAGGGGUGGGCGUGGGCUAGCAAUAGCAGAUGCAUUUUCUGCGGCCGUCCAGUAGGUUACCGAUACCGACGCAAGAAUGAGUACUGAUUUGCAAUGCAUAGGCGACCACCGAUGCUAAGCCCCUUUGCGGGCGGCUCCGUGAAAAACUCUGAAGCAGCCGCACUCAUUAUGCGUCCAGGUAACGCAGGGCAUCAGCCUCAGCCGUAUCAAUUUGCGGGCCCAGUUAUCAGACAAAACAAGGCUAGCAUAAGCAUGGCGCAUUUCGGUUUAUUCAAGAUUUUUUCCGCUCAAAUUAAGGAGCGCAGACGCAAUUCUCGUUAUGUAUUCAAGAAGCACGCGCACCACUGUCAUACGUGUUCCGAUAAACGUUCUGAUGUUCUUGUCCAUGUGCCUGUGAUGCAUGGUAGAGAUGAUCUAAUGUCCGAAGCAGAUUAGAUGUCAGACAACAUUCGCAAUGAGUGUGUUUUCAUCUCACGGAGAACAGAUGGAGCAGGAUGGCACUUAUGCUAGUAUUUUGUUAUUUAAGUCGAUACAGAGGACCAGGACACCAGCAUCGGCGUGGCCGGUAGGAGGCAUGACGGAGGCCAACGAGCUCUCCGACGACGGGAGUGACAUGGCAAACUCAGUGUACAUUGUGGAUGCACUUUCGUCUCUGGAUACAGAACCAACUACUGAGUACCUCCGCGUAGCCGGCGGCGACGACACAGGCCCUCCUGCGCGUGCAGCGAAACACAGGCCGGAAACUACCUACCUGCGCGUGCUGCGAAACGCGAUGGCUGCAGAGGAAGCGCGCGCUGACAUGGGUACAAUCACGCCCUCCGGGCCCGCGCCACCACCAGAAUCCUAG